GUCACAAACUACUCACCCAUGCUUUGUUUCAAGGAAGUAAAUACGAGCGGGAAUGCGAGGGAAGAAGAUUGAAUGAGAAGCACGAUCGAGAGAGCAAGAAACAGAGCGACACAAGCAAAAGUCAUACAUCCUCCUCUUCAUGGCAUAGUGUUCAUACUAACGAAGCAGCCAGUCCCAAGUUCGUCCGUUUUGAGGCAGUAAUGUGAACAAACACCACAGUGGCUUGCUUUACUUUUCUUUCCGGCAAGGCAAUAGCCCAAUUUCAUCUCGGAAUUUGAAGCAUAUUAGCAUCUCAUCACAAACUUUUGGAUUUGGGGCAAACGCUACGAACAUUACCCUGCAUUUGAAAGAUAAUGGUAGAUGGUAUUUCUGUCUCGAUGUUGCUCCUUGUUCCUGUUUCCUUUCAAAAACUCCACCCGCCUUCACUGGGAUUCUUCAAUUCUAUACAAUUUCUUCAUCCAGUCAAGAACACAAUACCCACUUCUUCUUCGGUCAUUUCGCCUGACCCGUCAAUGCCCAACUGCAGAAGCGCUUGUUUCAGCUUUAUUGAUGGCUGUAAACUCUUGCACUUCCAUCUCCAAUUGCCGGAAAAUUCAUGCCCGAGUAAUCAAAUCUUUUCUUUAUAGAGAGGGUUUCAUUGGGGAUCAGCUGGUCACUUGUUAUAAUAAACUGGGUUAUGUUGAAGAUGCACAGAAGCUGUUUGAUGAUAUGCCUGUUAAAGAUUUGAUUUCUUGGAACUCACUGAUUUCUGGUUUUUCUUGGUGUCUUGAUAUUACUCUCGAAGCAUUUUAUACCAUGAAGUUUGAAAGGUCAGUUAAACCCAAUGAGAUCACAAUUCUAUCGAUGAUAUCGGCUUGCAAUGGAGCUUUGGGUGCAGGGAAAUAUAUUCAUGGCUUUGCAAUUAAAAUUGGUGUUUCUUUCGAAGUUGAGGUCGUUAAUUCUCUCAUUAACAUGUAUGGAAAGUCUGAAGAUUUAACAUCAGCUUGUAGAUUAUUUGAGGCCAUUCCAGACCCAAAUACAGUAUCUUGGAAUUCAAUCAUUGCUGCCCAAGUUACCAAUGGCUGUGCACGAGAAGGAAUUGAUUGUUUCAAUAAGAUGAGAAGGUUUGGAAUUGAGCCGGAUGAAGGAACUAUCCUGGCACUGCUUCAAGCUUGCCUACAAUUGAGUGUAGGAAAAUUGGCUGAAAGCAUUCAUGGUUUAAUCUUCUGCUCUGGUCUAGGCGCAAAAAUCACCAUAGCAACUGCACUUUUAGAUUUGUAUGCGAAAUUAGGAAGAUUAAGUGCUUCAUGUGACGUCUUUAGGGAGGUGGGUUGUGCUGACAGAGUUGCUUGGACUGCCAUGCUUGCAGGAUAUGCAGCACAUGGAUUAGGUAGAGAAGCAAUCAAGCUUUUUGAGAGCAUGACCAAGAAAGGUUUGGAGCCUGAUCAUGUGACUUUUAUUCAUUUGCUUAGCGCAUGUAGUCAUUCAGGGCUAGUCAGAGAGGGGAAAAGUUACUUCAGUAUGAUGUCUAAAGUGUAUGGAAUUGAGCCUAGGAUGGAUCAUUAUUCAUGUAUGGUUGAUCUACUUGGUCGCCGCGGACUUUUGAACGAUGCUUAUGACGUGAUACAAAACAUGCCUAUGGAGCCCAAUGCUGGUGUGUGGAGUGCUCUUCUUGGUGCUUGUAGGGUCUAUGGUAACAUUGAACUUGGUAAGGAAGUUGCAGAGCAUUUGAUUAAUUUGGAACCUUUGGACCCCAGAAACUAUAUCAUGUUAUCAAAUAUGUAUUCUGCAUCUCGUUCUUGGAAGGAUGCUGCCAAAGUUAGGGCCUUGCUAAAGGAGAGAGGUCUGAAAAGAACCCCAGGAUGUAGCUCCAUUGAAUAUAGAAACAAGAUCCACCGCUUCUUUGUGGGCGAUCGUUCUCACUCUGAGACGGGUAAGAUCUAUUCCAAACUCGAAGAAUUGCUUGGAAAAAUAAGGCAAGCUGGAUAUAGUUCCAAAACAGAAUAUGUUCUGCAAAAUGUUGAAGAAGAAGUCAAGGAGGAUAUGAUAAACAAGCACAGCGAGAAGUUAGCCAUUGCUUUCGGGAUUUUGGUGAGUAAAGAAGGUGCACCUUUAAUCAUCACAAAGAAUAUCAGAAUUUGUGGAGAUUGUCAUACCACUGCAAAGCUCAUAUCAUUGAUUGAGAAGCGUACCAUUAUUAUCCGAGAUCCAAAACGCUUUCAUCAUUUCUCUGAUGGAUUGUGUUCUUGUGCAGAUUACUGGUAAGUACUUGUUGUGCUUCAUAAUGGUGCUAAUGCUUGUUUGUGCCUUAUACAUAUAGCUAAGCUACGUUCAUCAAUAACUUUAUCAUUUGUUGCGCUAAAUUAACCCUGUUUUCGAUCUGCGGUAUGAUAGAUUGAUUUAGACUUUUCUUAUAUUGUUCAUUAUGUCAUAAAAAAUAAGUAUGAUCAUGUAUUGAUUUAGGCUUCUCUUAUAGUCCAUAGCACGAGUGUGUGCUGGGUACCGUCAAGAGUCAAUGUCCACAUAUUUCCAUACCAAUAUAAUAUUUUGUGUAUUUUACGUAAGUUCUGAUGACUUUGCUUUUCAUUUCACCCAAAAUGCUUCUUACCAAUAGAGAUUAUUGUCUUCACUUGUAUAUAGUAUACUCGUAAUCUUUUUCUUCUCUAACCAACAUGAGAUUUUAGUUCUAUCUCCAAUAGAUUCCAAGUCAAAAUGGAUUGACAUGAGUUAAGUUUGUCAUAUUAUAUCAUCAACUCUCACAGUUUAAAACUUGAGUUAACUUGAAAAAAUUAUAAUUAUGGAUUUCAAAAUUCACUGUGGACCAUCCUUCAACCUAGGGUGUAAUAGGUAUAAUUUUCUGUUAAAGCUUUAAUGUGUUAGGUACCCAUAAAACCCUGUCUGUUGGUGAAUGGAAAAAAAGAGAGAAGCAAGAUUUUCCUAGAUGUUUCCUUGGUAAAAUGCCUCUCAAAAUGAUUUAAACCCCAGCUAUCUUUCUUGUAAUUUAUUGUAGUUUAUUUAGUUCCUACCAUUUUUAUUACUAAAAUACAAACACUAGCUUCUCAAAUUCUAUUUUUAUAAUUGAAUCAAUUUAGACCAUCUAUUAGAAAUUCGUUUCAAAAUUGUUAAUGCACAGCUUCUAUACAUGCAUAAGAUUUUUUUAAGAAUUAAUGUGGAUUAGAGAGAAAUGCAUUAGUCAAAUAGAUAGUACCAGUUUUUUCAUUAAAACGUUUUUUCAUAUGGUCGUCUUCCUCUAUUUUUCUUUACUUAUUUAUAAAGCAUGUGACCAUUUUUGUUGCUACUUUAGUGAAAUUUUUGGAGAAGUCAUAAUUUUAUUUAGGUGAUUUUAAGUUGAAUUGAAAUGGAAUUAAGUGAAAAUAGUUCUAAAAUCAUUAACAAUUUGGCAAAAUUGAUUAAUUAAUGAAAGUUGAAGAUUUAAAUUGAUAUAAAUAUUAAUUUGAUGUUUUAAUGCAUACAAAUAUAAAAGCUUAGAUAUAUAAAUAGAUUUUGUUCUUACAUAUACAGCAUGUAGAAAUAAAAUAAUUGCCCAUGAAAUGUGAAUAUGUUUCUUAAAGGAAAAUUUUUAUAUAGUCUAGUAAGAAGAACUAAUUAAGGAAGUAAAAAUGAUAUUUUAAUCCAAAAAAGAAAAGGAAAGGAAAAAAACAAUUGUUCAAUGAACUAUUCCAAUAACAUGAGCUGCUGAUGUAGUGUUCAAGAUUAAUCUUAAUCUCUUGCGAGUCAAAUGAUGGUGGAAACUCACUUUAUUAUGAUACUUGUCUUCACACACUCUAAUAUUUAAGUUAAUAUUAAGUUGAAUUGGUGUCAAUAUGAAUUUGGGUAGGGUAGUAUACUUUGUGAAGGAAAGGUCUUGGCCUCUAUAGAAGAGAGUACGUGUCAAAUCCUUUCAACUAUGUUUGAUGAUUUGUAUUUAACGUAAUAGAAGAGAUUACACAUCGGCAUUGUCUCUAUAGUUAAGCUGUCCGAGCUCAUCCCUGGUCAAUGUUAACCUUAGUGUGGUUCGAGCUGGGGGCUUGAACACAUACAUGUGGUUUGGGUCACACGACCAGUGUUGAUUUAUUCCAUAACAAUGAUGAUAUAUUGUUACUGAAUUUUAAAUUGAACCAUGUAACCCUGCAUUUAGCCACUAGAACCAGUGCAUAUGGGCGAUUCUUUUUACCAUGUGAUGACAAACUCUGUUUCUAUCUAAUUACCACACCCAACCGAUUGCACUCCACAAAACACACACAUUAAUUCCAUCCCACUUCUUAUCAAAACAACAGGCAAGGAAAAGAGAGUUUAAAAAAAUAAUGUUUUACCGGCCCUUAAAAAUUUUACACACGGCUGGAAGGAUAAACAUCCGAUGAUGAACAGAGCCCCUGACUUGUCGGAUAAACCUCCACCGAACCCAUUUCAAUCGAUCCGACCCAUAAAAAGGAACAUCCUUUAGAAUAUUCCUCUGCCAUGUCCCCUCUGACCCCAUCUCUUCUUUCUCCAUUUUAAACCCUCAAAAACCCACAACGCUUCUGCCUGGAACUUUUCAUUAUGAACUACUCUUCUUCUCCUCCUCUCUCCGACCAACUUCACCUCCUUGAGAAAGUCGAGGUUUUUAAACUCCAUGGACGUGAUAAAGCUCGCCGGAAUGUCCUCCUUAUUGUCGGAAAAUACUUUCCAGCUCGGUUUGUGAGCAGCCAGGCUGUGAAUGUCUAUUUAAAGGACAAGAUUUUCCCCUUCCUCAAAGAUGAUGGGCCUUUCACGGUGGUGUACAUUCACACUGAUGUUCAUUGGACAGAGAAUUUCCCUGGAAUCUCAAAUCUCAAGGCAAUCUAUGAGGCUAUUCCAAUCACCAUUAAGAAAAACAUUGAAGCUGUUUAUUUUCUCCACCCCGGCUUGCAGGCCCGUAUGUUUUUCGCUACCGUCGGUCGCCUCAUGCUCGACGCCGAGUUGUACAACAAGGUGAAAUAUGUGAAAAGAGUGGAGUUUCUUUGGGAAUAUGUUAGAAGGAAAGAGAUGGAGUUACCACAGUUUGUGUAUGAUCAUGAUGAGAAAUUGGAGUUUUGUCCAGUGAUGGACUCUGAUUUAGAGAAUGAUUAUCUCAGGCUCUUCUCCCCCUCGCCAUCUGUGGAUGCUGCGGUUUCUACAUACUCCAUGAGGUGUUUUGCUUGAUGAAAUGAAGACUCAAAGAUGGGGUUGGGACACAGAGGUCUUUUUGGGUUUUGUUGUAGGAGUUUUUUGGUUAGUAGUGGCAGAAAAUAUUGCAAAUGUUGUAGAUUUUCUGCAGGCAAAGUUAAAAGGUUUAUGAGCUUUCCUUGUGAAGAAAGUAACAGUCAAUACUUUACAGGAGAAGCAGUGAAUAGGGUUAAAUGAAGUUGCUCUGUAAUAAAAUAUAUGUUCAUGUCAGAUCUCUAAAUGACAAGAAUUCAGACUUUGUAAUGGGUUGAGGAGGAGGGAACAUGCUGGGAUAUCAGAUACUUUGUUUGUUUCA